UCUUGCUGUCAGCGUCAACUGUCAGUGAGCGAAAUAGCGGAACGUGAGACGUGUGUUAAAUAAUUAUUUAUCGAAACAAAAUAAUAAGUCACUGCUAUCGAAAUGCGUAGUAACAUAAACCUCUGCUUAACAUGUUCUGUUUCAUAAAGAUUUUAACUUAAGUUGUUGAGACAAUUUUAUUUUUUUAUUGAAAAAUUUCGAGCCGAAGUUACCAUGUGCUUUUAAUAGGAUAUAUUGCGUUUAUUUUUUGCCAAUUUGAAUGAGAAGAUGGAAACUGAGAGGAGAGAACAUGAUGAGUUGUUGGCGGUGAAUAGGAGGACUUUGGCUGCAAAUGGUACGGCCGCGGCGAGUCGGUCGCAGGACCCUCCGGACGGGGGGUUCAAAGCUAUCACAGUGCUGAUCGCGUCGUUCCUCACCAAUGGACUUGUGUUUGGCGUCAUCAACUCCUACAGCAUCAUCUACACAGUCCUCCUCGAUCGCCUAAAAAAUGGAAAAGUGGAUAAUGCAGAAAUUAAAGCCUCUCUGGUGGGAGUACUAACUAUCGGAACCACGUUCGCGCUGUCUCCGCUCUCCGGCGUGCUGACGGGUUUCUUGGGGCUGCGAAUGACUGCGGUGUUAGGUGGUGCCAUCGCCACCACGGGCCUGCUCUUGUCUUCCUUCGUCGUCGAUUAUGUGGACGCUCUCUGUUUCACCUAUGGCAUCCUUUACGGCCUAGGAGCCUCGCUAGCCUACACCCCAUCCUUAGCCAUCCUCGGCCAAUAUUUCAAGAAAUAUCUUAGUAUCGUCAACGGAAUAGUCACAAUUGGUAGUUCUGCUUUUACUGUAUUCAUGCCCUUGCUCAUGGAGUGGAUGAUUGAAAACUACAGUCUAGAAUGGAUGUUCAGGCUUCUAGCCCUAUUUGCUGUUUGUAUUUCCUUAUGUGGGUUAAUGUUUAAGCCUGUGCCUGUAGUGGUAAUCGAGAAACCAACGAAGACCGACAAUACUAUUAAAUCAUGGUUAAAAGCGAUGGGAUGUUCUCAUAUUUGGCAAUGUAAAAAGUACAGAUUGUGGACAUUUUCGAUGCCGAUCGCUUUAUUCGGUUAUUUUGUUCCUUACGUGCACAUUAAAAAGUUUAUCGAAGAUCUUAAUUUUGAAGAUGUGAAUCGUAAUCUUCCCUUACAGUGCAUAGCCAUAACUUCGGCUAUAGGAAGACUUACUUUUGGUUUCUUAGGGGAUAGAAUUGAUAGAAUUUUAUUACAGCAAAUAUCAUUUUAUGUUAUAGGUAUAUUUACUAUAAUAUUACCUUUCGUCCGGUCUUUUGGAUUAAUUGUUGCUAUUGCAUUGGGGAUGGGUUUGUUUGAGGGUGGUUUUAUAGCACUGAUUGGGCCUAUAGCGUUUGAAUUAGUUGGCAGCACGUACGCUGCGCAGGCGAUAGGCUGCAUGUUAGGAAUGGCCGCUCUCCCCUUAUCCAUUGGUCCCCCAGUGGCAGGUGCUCUAUAUAGCCUGUAUAAAGAUUAUACCGUACCUUUCAUCGUAGCUGGGAUAUCACCCAUCGUCGGGGCUACCUUCAUGUUCUUGAUCCGUUUCAGCAGUAAUCGAGUACAAGAACCUCGUGCAAAUGGACACGCUAUAUCUAUGAACCAGACAGACGUAGAAAAAACGUCGGCUUCGUCACCUCUGACGCGUAAUGGGCAAGCUAAUCAGCAAUGAGAUCAGUCGUUAUAGACAUUUCUUUUAACAAAAACCUGCGCUUUAUCUAACUGCUACGCUAAGUCGGUAAGUGACCCGUCUGACAAACACAAAUGAAUAACGGCUCUACAGAAGUAGUGUAUUUAAGUCGGAGGACACAAACUGACGAUCAUUCGAUGAUCAUCUUGGAAAAAUGAGGUGUUAAUUUAAACAUUCCCUUCUACAAAACAUUUGCUUAAAAUAAUCAUUCACCGCUUUUAAA